CCUCUGCUUAAAUGGAAGCCACCUUUGGGAGCUGGAUGGUCUCUAUUGACGUAGGCUUUGCAUAGCAGCUGCACCACCCCAGGAGAUUGCAAUGAGUGGAGGAGGGGAACAGCCAGAUAUCCUGAGUGUAGGAGUAUUGGUCAAAGAAAGAUGGAAAGUGUUCAAAAAGAUAGGAGGUGGAGGGUUUGGAGAAAUUUACGAUGCGAUGGACUUGCUUACCCGAGACAAUGUUGCAUUGAAAGUCGAGUCAGCUCAGCAACCAAAGCAGGUUCUGAAAAUGGAAGUAGCUGUGUUGAAAAAACUGCAAGGAAAAGAUCAUGUCUGCAAAUUCAUUGGCUGUGGAAGGAAUGACAGAUUCAACUAUGUGGUCAUGCAGUUGCAGGGUCGGAACUUGGCCGAUCUGCGUCGAAGCCAAACUAGAGGGACCUUCACAAUCAGUACUACCUUGCGACUUGGCAAGCAAAUUCUAGAGUCUAUUGAGAGCAUUCAUUCUGUUGGUUUUUUACACAGAGAUAUUAAGCCAUCCAACUUUGCUAUGGGACGUUUCCCUAGCACUUGGAGGAAGUGUUACAUGCUGGAUUUUGGCUUGGCGCGUCAGUUUACAAAUUCAUGUGGGGAUGUCAGACCACCCAGAGCUGUUGCUGGUUUUAGAGGGACUGUGCGGUAUGCGUCAGUCAAUGCUCACAGGAACAGAGAAAUGGGACGUCAUGAUGACCUCUGGUCUUUGUUUUACAUGUUGGUCGAAUUUGUGGUUGGACAGCUGCCCUGGAGGAAAAUUAAGGACAAGGAGCAAGUGGGCUCCAUAAAAGAGAGGUAUGACCACCGGCUGAUGCUGAAACAUCUCCCUCAAGAAUUUAACACCUUUCUAGAUCACAUUUCUACUUUAGAUUAUUUUACUAAACCUGACUACCAGCUUCUCAUGUCCGUCUUUGACAACAGCAUGAAGACUUCUGGGGUGACUGAGAGUGACCUCUUUGACUGGGAAAAGAGUGGAGCUGAUGGUUCUUUAACAACCACCACCACUUCAACUACUCCUCAACUGCACACUCGUCAGACCCCAGCUGCCAUAGGAAUUGCCAAUGCUACACCAAUACCAGGAGAUAUGUUGAGAGAGAAUACAGAUGAUGUGUUUCCAGAUGAACAUCUUAGUGAUGGUGAGAAUUGUAUCCCUAUCGGAAUCUCUCCAGAAAAGCUGCCAGAGUCUCCUGGACAUCGUCUUCAGGAAAAGGAUGUGUGGGAGGAAAUGGAUGCAAACAGGAAUAAGAUAAAAGCAGGUGUCCAUAAAACUGGUACAGAAGAGGAAAACAGCCAUGGACCAAUUAAUGGCAUGCUUAAUGCACCAAGCCUUGGUUCUCCAAUUAGAGUCCGCUCAGAGACCACACAGCUAGAUCGGGAUGUUCCUUUGGUGCGGAAGCUACGAUCAAUUCACAGUUUUGAACUGGAGAAACGUCUGACCUUGGAGUCCAAACCAGAUACAGAUAAAUUUCUGGAAGUCUGCAUGGAGAAGAAGAAAAGAGAGUUGAAUCCUGGCAAAGAAUCUGCUGUUACAGCUUUUCAAAAACCACCCAUGCCUCCAGUUGCUUCCAGUCAUGAGCAUGUUUGGCACUAUGAUGAAGAAUACCUACCUGAAGCUUCCAAGCCUAUUUCUGGCAGCUCUCCAGAACAGGGUGAUGGUGUUGUCAGCAAUGGAUAUGUGGCAGUCAAUUUGAGUUCCUGCCAGCAGGAGGUUGACUCCAAAGAAUGGGUGAUAGUGGAUAAAGAAAGAGACUUGCAGGAUUUCAGGACUAAUGGAGUUUUAGGGCAUAAAACAACUGGAAGCCCCUCUGAUGAGGAGCCUGAGGUGCUUCAAGUCCUUGAAGAGCCCCCACAAGAAGAUACGCUUAGAGCUCAUACCAAGAAUACAGCUAUGGGAGCAGCAUUGGAUCUAGAUAUUGAAUGUCAUGGUACAGCAGCUUCUGAACAGUUUACAGAUCAACUAGAACUCCCAGUUGGAACUGCUGGUCAUCUUCUUGCAGUCACACCCACAAGCCUAAUGGAGGCCCAAGCAGAAGGGGCUCUUACUCCACUCAACCCACUUCACAUGCUGCAUUUCUCCAUCCCAAGAAUUUCAAGUCCCAUCCUCCGUACCCUGAGCCCUAUAACCCACUUCACCACCCACCCGGACCCUGUGAAAGAGGCUGGCUUUCCAAGGAGUCAAUCAGCAGACAGCCACUCUUCCUCUUCCUGGUCAGCUGCCCGUAGGCAACUUCCUGUCAUUCCCAGUGGAAACAAGUUCCCCCCUGUCAUUCGCAUCUCAAAAGCACAACUUCAGCAGGUUACAAUACCCAGACCAUCAAUGGCAUCCACACAGUCUGCUUCUGAGAGUUUUCAUUUUGGCCAGCAACUGGAGAAGAAGGACCGGGAUCCUCGACUUUUGGAACAUACUGUUGAACUUUCCUCUCCUAAGGAGAACUUGGUUGGCUUGGCAGCGGCAAACGAUGCACUAACUCUUAGUGGCAGUAGAACAGAUGUAGUACACAAAUUAGACCAUAACCUAGAGGCAAUUGGAAAGGAUGAGUGUAUUGAAGAAUGUGUUGGAAUCCAAGAUCAUAGCCAAACAGACCUACUUGAACAAUACAUGAAGAGACAAGAAGAAAAUCUCUUCGAAAAAGUGGAAGAGAAUCAGCUUCCUGUGGCUUAUGAAAAUGAUACUGAAAUACAGAUUGAAGGAGCAUGUUCAACUGCUCAAGGAAACACUGAAUCUGUAUUGGGUGGUCCUCAGGCUGUUACAGAACCUGAAGAACUGAGGCCAAUUCCUUCCUCCUCCUUGCCAAAUCAGGAUGCAAAACAGGAGUUACAGAAGCAGUCAGCAGCCGAAACAUCAGAUGUUUCUUUAUCAAGAAGUACUGACCCAUUUGCUCAAAAACAGGAAAACCAAGUAGUACCAGUGCAAGAAAAUGGUUUCCAUGAUGAUGGGGAUAUUGAUCAUGCUGAAGAAUUGCAAUGCCAACAGGUGAACCUUGCCACAUUUUUGCACCAAGAGGGGAAAGAAGAGCAAAAUGUCCAGAGAAAUGGAGAAUUGUUGCACUCCAGUUCAGAGAAUGAGAGUUCUAAUCCAUCCAAGAAGGAGUUAGUUAGAUCUGCAUUUGUGGCUAGACAAAGUCGCAUUCCAGUUUUAGCACAAGAGGUAGACUCCUCAUCAGAAUCGUCUCCUGUUUCAGCAAAGGAGAAGCUGCUUCUAAAAAAGGCUCAUCAGACAGACUUGGUUAGAUUACUUGUAGAAAAGAGACAGCUCAAAUCUUUCCUUGGUGACCUCUCAAGUGCCUCUGACAAGUCACUGAAAGAAAAAGUAGUUGCUGGUCCAUUACCACUUCCUGAAGAUGUGUUGUCCUCCUUUUCAAAACUGACACUGGACACUCAUUUGCACAGCCAAGCAGAGGAGAGUUUUUUGUCACCAAGCAAUCCUCCGUCCAGAAAGAGCAAAAUCCCAAGACUCGUAUCUUGGACUCCCACAGAUCACGUUAGCAGUUCAAAUUCAGCUCAGUUUUUUCCUCGUCCACCACCAGGAAGACCACCAACAAGGCCUGGAGUAGAAGCCAGGUUGCGCAGGUACAAAGUACUAGGAAGUAGCAGCUCUGAUUCAGACCUGAUCUCUCGCCUGGCUCAAAUUCUUCAGAAUGGAUCUCAGAAACCACGAAGCUCUUCGCAGUGUAAGAGUCCAGGGUCUCCACAUAGCCCCAAAACACCACCCAAAAGCCCAGUCAUCCCCAGACGCAGUCCCAGUGCCUCCCCUAGGAGCUCUUCUUUGCCUCGUACUACCAGUUCCUCACCAUCCCGGGGUGGGCGUCCUCACCAUGAGCAGAGGAGCUCAUCCCCACAUCUUGGAAGGAGUAAAUCGCCUCCCAGUCUUUCAGGCUCUUCAUCUUCCAGGAGAUCCUGCCAACAAGAGCACUGCUACAACAAGUCUAACAAGAAUGGGUUGAAAGGAUCUAGUGGCUCCUGCCACCACUCCUCUAACAUUAAGUCUCCCACAGGGAAGAGCAAAUCAGCCAGUAAACUUAGCAGAUAGGAACUGAGUCUGUGUCUGGUGUCAAAGCCCCUUAAUCUGAUGCAUGUUGUGUUUGUGUACUGUGUAUUUAAACAAAAGUCUUCAAAAAUCAGUGUUCAUCCUGACACUCAAAGGAAAGAAAAAUUAAGAUGAAUUAUUUAUAAGGUCCACUUUGUAUAUGAGUGGCCAGGCAUUUCCUAAGAACAUGCAGCAAGCAGAUCAGGGAGGCUAGAGGGCAGGGAUGGAGCAUCCGGAAAGUCCAAGAUGUGUGAAACAGAACAGUGUCUUGGAGGUGAGUGUUUUUAAUAAGAUUUCAGUUUACUUUUUAUUUAAUAUAAAAGCAUGACCUGUUUUAGGCUCUUUCACAGUUAUCAAACCUGAAACCUGAAAUUAAUUUCACCUUGGCACUUUUACAUCUGAGGUACUACUCAGCUGUGUGUCUGUAGAGUUUUUUUUAAAAAAGCACAUUAUUUGAAACAGCAAUACUCCUGUAAAUUUCUAUCAGUGUUGGGCUUCACACAUCUGUUUUCAAGUUGCUCACUGCCCAUGUUCCUUGUUGGUUUCUACUUCCCUCCUUUUAAAGCAAAAACAGAAAAACUCAACAUCUUGUACCACUGUAUAUUUAAUGUGGGCUACAUUCUUAUAUGCAGUAAAUGUGUAGAAAUCCACUGAAACCAAUGUAAUUUAACAUUUAUGUAAAUUUACAUAUAUUUUCAGAUUGGUAACAUUCUAUUAACUGCUGUUCAGAUCCUGAUUCUUGGACAACUUGAUCAUUUAUCUGUGUGUGAAUUUCUGGAGUUAUGGCAGGUUUACAUCAUAUCAUAUAUGAAGGAUCUGGAGAUGAUGCUCACAGUCUGAGUUAAGAAGGAAAACCAGAAGAGUUUGGACCCUGGAGCAUUCCUAUAAUUAAAACAUUUGUUUGUGCAAUA